CGCUUGGAUCUCGUUCGCAUCCUAUCCUCCUCCUUUAGUCCUCCCCAUCACCCCCAAUUCCCAAACCCUAGUUUCUUCCGACGCUGCCGGCCGCCGUUGCGCCCCUCUGCCGCCGGGCACCCCGCGCCGUCGAUCGCUCUCAACUCCCGUCUCCGACCGCGCCCGGGCACCCCGCAGGUAGGGUUCUGAUUCAGGUGUUACCGGAUCUCGCGUUGAGGUGCCAGACCAAAGCAAUCGGCCACCAUGCAGGCUAGCGAUAGGUUCAACAUAAAUUCUCAGCUUGAGCAUCUUCAAGCCAAAUAUGUGGGAACAGGACACGCAGACUUGACCAGAUUUGAAUGGGCUUUAAACAUCCAGAGGGACAGCUAUGCCUCUUAUAUUGGGCACUAUCCAAUGUUGGCAUAUUUUGCCAUCGCUGAAAAUGAAUCAAUUGGAAGAGAGCGUUACAAUUUUAUGCAGAAAAUGCUGCUUCCUUGUGGCCUCCCUCCUGAGAGAGACGAGGACUGAGGAGCUGGUGCAUUACUUUAGUGUCACCGCUAGAGCAACUUAUGUUCAGCCCCAGGUUGCUAUUGAAGUAAAAGAACCAGGCUAGGUAGCCACCUUAGUACUGUUUGUGACUUUGUUUGAAUGCCCUGAACAUGUUAAGCGCAGGCAUGCACUUUGGAUUGUCCUACAUGGAUUUUUUUACCAUGAUUCGUAAAUGUUCAGAAUUUGUAUGCGGUGUUAAGAAAAUGUCGUUUCUGUCU